UUAAAUGUACCAAAAUAAUAUUCAGAAUUCUGUUUAAGAUGAACACAUUGCUUUAUAAUUAUUUUUUAUUAUUAUCAUUUGUUAUAGUAUCAGCCGAAAUCUGUAAUUUAACAAGUUUUUCAAUAACAUAUUCGCAUGAAUUUGAAUCCAAUAUAGUCCAAUCAUUUAACGAUUGUUUAAUUCCUGCAAAUUUUAACUCCAAAAAAAUACGAGCUCUAUCAAUAGAAAGUGAGAACAUUCCAACGAUUCCAGCACAUUUUAUUGAGAAUAAUGAAGAGCUGACUGAUAUUGGUAUAUAUUACAGUGGCAUUCAGAGGAUUUUACCAGGGGCGUUUAGAAAUUUACCUAAAUUGCAUUAUCUGGCAAUAAGAGGCAAUAACUUUUCAAGUAUAUUAAAAGGUGCUAUCAAUACAAUUCCUAACACCAAAAGCAUCUGGCUAGAAUCUGAUGAAAUCUCCUACAUUGAAGAGCAGGCUCUCCAUAUUCCUCAACUGCGUUGGAUCAGCCUCAGUAACAAUUCAUUGGACAAUUGGAAUCAGGAGUGGUUUGGAAAACUGGAUAAUCUUGAAGAAAUUGAAUUCGCACUAAACAACGUAAGAACAAUACGAAGAAGAGCUUUUUCCAAUUUUCCUAAAUUAAAAUACAUCCAUUUGAAUAAUAACAAAAUUGCAAGCAUUGAACCAGAAGCAUUUGAGCCGUUUAAUAAUCUUACAUGGUUGGACCUGAGACGCAACCAAAUAGCACUUUUAAAUGCUAAUAGUUUUUCAAAUCCAAUUCUAUCAGCUGCUGAAAACUGUAAUUUAGCUCGUUUUUCAGUAAAAUAUGGCGAUCGUCUUCAACACAAUUUAAUUCAAUCAUUUAAUGAUUGUUUAGUUCCUGAAAAUUUUGACCAUAAAGGUAUACGAACCAUAAUAAUAGAAAAUGAGAACAUUUCAACUAUUCCUGCACAUUUUAUUGAGAAACAUGAAGAACUGUAUAAUAUUGGCAUAUCUAACAGUGGUAUUCAGAGUAUUUUACCAGGGGCCUUUAGAAAUUUACCUCAAUUGCAUACCCUGGCGAUACGAGGCAAUAACUUUUCAAGUUUAUUUAAAGGUGCUAUUAAUACCAUUCCGAACAUAGAAACCAUCUGGUUAGACGCUAACAGAAUCUCUUACAUUGAAGAACUGGCUCUGUAUAUUCCUCAGCUACGUAGAAUCAAUCUCAAUAACAAUUAUUUAGCUAGUUGGAACCAGAACUGGCUUGGGAGACUAAACAAUCUAGAAGAAAUUAAUUUCGCAUAUAAUCAUUUAAAAAUUAUAUCAAGAAGGGCAUUUUCCAAUUUUCCUAAUUUGAAAAAUAUAUAUUUGAACAAUAAUAAUAUUACAAAUAUCGAACCAGAAGCAUUUGAGCCAUUAAAUACUCUUUCAUGGCUUGAUUUGAGAAACAAUCAAAUAGCCCUUUUAAACGCAAAUAGUUUUACAACCCCAAUUCGUAUAGACUACUUGUUCCUAGAUUUUAAUCAUUUAAAUUUUCUGCCUCGAGCACUGCUAACGAAACUGCAUUCUGACUUUUUAAGUUUAAAUUUUAAUCCAUGGUCUUGUUCAUGUAUAUCCGUCAUAAAUGAAUGGGUUUCAGUUAAUAGUGUGAAUUUAAUUCGAAAUGAUUGUACUCCAAGUGGUAUACCUCUUUGUAUUGCGUUUAAGUCUCAAUGUACAGAAAAAGUAUAUCGAAAAGGAACCAGAAAGUAUUUAAGAAAUCUAAAAACAUUCAGCCCAGAUCAAUUUUAUUGUUUGGAUCAAAUUACUACAAGAGAUUAG